UCAGGCGUGCACACACACACUGCCUGAGCCUUUUCCAGCCAUUCCAGCAUCAGAGCAGCAGCAGCAGCAGAGGGGGUCUUCCACUCCACAACUCCACCAACACUUACUCUCAUUUUAGAAGCGCACUUCACUUAAUCAACAGCCGUUUCUCUCAGUUCUGCUCAAAAGUGUCGCUCACACAGCAGCCACCCUGGACCUUCAGCCAUGUUUGACAAUUCGCAGUAUCCCUACAACUGCUUUAAUUAUGAUGGAGAUGGUUACCCGUCCUGUGGCAGCGAUGAAGGGAAGAAAGUGUGCCGACCGGCGUACAGUUACAUUGCUCUGAUAGCCAUGGCUAUACAGCAGAGUCCAGAGAAUAAAGUUACUCUAUCAGGAAUCUAUGAGUUCAUCAUGAAAAGGUUCCCUUAUUAUAGAUCUAACCAGAGAGCUUGGCAAAACUCCAUCCGCCACAACCUCUCUCUCAACAGCUGCUUUAUAAAGGUUCCUCGCACUGAGGGGAAUGAGAAGGGGAAGGGAAAUUACUGGACUUUUGCCACAGGCUGUGAGUCCAUGCUGGACCUCUUUGAAAAUGGCAACUUUCGUCGCCGUCGUCGCCGACGCAACAUAAAGCUGGGCUUCAGGGAGCCAACCGAAGCUUUCGGGGCUGUGGACGUGCAGCAGAGUGUGGCAGGACGGCCGCUUGACUCCGACUCAUUCUGCCCGGAACCAUCGAACCACAGAGUCACCCACAGCAACCCACCGCUCAGCAAGCCUGAGCCUGAGAUCAAAUUCAGCAUUGACUACAUCCUGUCAACUCCAGACCCCUCUCCGGGUUUUAGACCCCCACACAGUGGCCCUGCAGGAGCUGUCGUCCACCACCUGGAGCCGCAGCAGCUCAACCUGCACUUCUGGACCCUCUAACACACAUUUCAAAUAGACAUCAGAACAACUGAAUAAUCAGACAAUGAGAAAUCAGAGAACUUUCCUAAAGGAGUGUCCACAUUGGUUUGGACAGUUGUGUAAUUGUGGACAGUCGGGUUUCCAAAGCAAAUCACUGGUGCACACGGCAGACAUAUGCAAGCACUUGUCUUAGUGGGUCUGUUUAAAUGACACAUAUUAAUCUGAUUAAUGAUUAUUAACAUUAUCAGCACUUGCGUGACCAUUAAGUAAAUUAGUCAAUUACAAGUGCACUGUCUUAAUGGAAAACUCCAGCAUUAUUCAGCCUAAACGCUGCAUCAGUAGCACAUGCUCGAUUACCAUGGACGAUAACCUCACAGCACUUCCGUGUGCAUAGAAAAGAACAGAAAACUGUGAGCACAUUUAUAAUAGAAGUCAACAGGCAUAUACUCAAAAUGCUGGAGCAUUUCUUCAAGUUUAUUUUGUAUGGAAACUGUCUUGCUAGAUGAACCUUUGCUUCUUUUUAUCUAGUUAAACAGGUCAUUCCUUUAUUCCAGACUGUAGGGAUAAACUUGCUGAUCUGCAAUAAGAAAAAGCACAAGUGAUGGUUUAGAACCUUAUAAUCCAUUCAAAGACUAAAGAUUCAUUUCGGGAUGUUGACACAGACACUUGCUUAAGCCUCGUUUUAGUUACAUUACAAUCAAAAUCCUUAGAAGCUUAAGAAACUUGGGUUGCAAAACAUGGCCCAUGUUUUUUGAUGUAUCCGUGCUACUUGCUUUUUGUUUGAGUUAGUUUUUCUCAUGCGGCUGGCAGCAAACUUAGACGAGUGUGUCACACGACUGUGGAGUUUGUGUACUCAGUGUUUCAUUCCCUGCUUACAGGAACUGCUAAGUGACUGCACUGUUUACUUGUCUUGGUGUUUAUAUUAUGUAUCAUUUCCCUCCAACACUCUGAUCUAUGCCAGUCAUUUGUGAACACAGCACAUGUUACUCUUGGCAAAAACAAACGAUUAUGCUUCAUACCACUUGUACUAUUUUGAGUUUCUUUUUUUGUGUAGUUUUUUUUAAGGCCUACAAAUGGGAUUGAAUUUGUUUUUUUAAUCUAUAAUGAUUCAUAGUUCUUGUGAGAAUCACUAAAUAUUGCUUCUCUCUACAGCUGGCAAUACUUUCACAGAACAAAUGUCAGUGGAAUACCUAAAUAAUACUUGUAAAAUGUAACACAAAUGCAUUACUCAAUCAGUAGGAUAUUAGAAAGUGAAAUCAUUUCUGUGCAAUACCGGCUGUACAGUGAGAUUGUGAGUAAUUACGAAUGUGCAUUUUAUUGUACAUGAUCUGUAUAUUGACUUUUUUGGUGAAAAAGCACAUAAUGUUUGAAAGUUUGGAAUCAUUUGUCAUGUUAAUCAUUAUUCAUUAGUUAUCUUACACAAUUUAAGUUGAAAUAUUACAACAAAUAUAUACACAUACCUGUUCAGUCAAAAUGGCACAAACUGCAAGUUACAAAUGUUUAGGAGAUAUUUCUGAGGAUUAGAUACGUUAAUCCACUUGCAUAAGGAAGGAGAAAGUUCAAGGAAAAAAGGGAUGUUUCUAAACUUGGAAAUCAACCAACCAACUUGUAAGACCGAACGUUGGAGGAGUGGAAAAAAAAACGGAAAACAAAUCUCCUGAAUGGGAUGGAAGCUGCUAAGAUGGUAAAAGGUAGACACAGUGAAGAUAUGAUAUAUUUAGUUGUUGAGGCUUCUGUGUAAUUUUCUGUUGAAUAUAUGUUUCCUGUUUUUUUCUGAUGCAGAAAAAUGAAUAACUUGUACUUACUGGCCAUUUUGACUGGGAAUUAAAUAAAUGGACGGGAACCUCUGGGUUCAGCAAAAUUUACCACUAAUUAUUUGAGAUCAUAUUAGAAUCAUUUACACAGUGGUCCAAAAACAAAUGGGAUUUAUUUGACAGAAAACUGAUUCUAAACAUUUGAAUGGAUUCCAAACUUCUGAAUGCUAUUGUACAUGUAUAUACCUAAAAAGGAAAUAAAUAAGCAGGAGGCUGGCACAGCUUAUUUGUAAACUACGCUGAUCUUGUUCAGAGGGUAAGGUGUUUGUAAGCCAUCGGGUAUUUAUUGCAACUGUCACAAUAGAAAAAUCACACAUAAAGGACAGUGAAGCUCAGACCUCUUCUGUACUGUGAUCCACUGUAUGCAGAUAAAGGGCAUAAACUGGAGAAAUGCAGCUAAUGAGUACCUUUCAUUGCUCAAUAACCAGCUGAAGUUGUGAAAAGGUCUAAUACAUCUUAUUGCAAUGGAAUUGUCAAAACAGUUCAUGUAAAAGAUUAAAAAUAUGUACUUCUUUGUA